UAAUAUAAAGAGAGCAGCUGCAACAGUCGCUCUCUCUCUCUCAGAACUCCUCAGUACAAGAUACGGCGACGUUCAUCCUCUCUCUCCACCCUCGAAAAAUCCUCUUCUUCUUCGCCCCUCGCUUCGGUGGCAAUUCCUUCGAGCAAGCUUCCUUCCUUCCUCAGUUCCGGCACAGAGUCAGUCUGCUACCGAAGCUUUUUCUGAUCCGGGGAGAAAAGUGCUUAUCUUUCAUGAUUCUUGGCGGUUUUUCCUUUUGAGAUCGCGGCGAACGUAACAGCGCAUCCAUGGCGGACACUCGGAGAUACGGCGCCAGCAACCAGCCUGAUAUCAGGCAGAUACUCUUGGAGGCGCAGCGUCGAUGGUUGCGGCCUGCUGAAAUUUGUGAAAUUCUUCAAAAUUAUAAGAAAUUUCGGAUUGCUCCAGAGCCUGCUAGUAUGCCGCGAAGUGGUUCUUUAUUUCUUUUUGAUCGGAAGGUAUUAAGGUACUUUAGAAAAGAUGGUCAUAACUGGAGGAAGAAAAAGGAUGGAAAGACGGUAAAAGAAGCUCAUGAAAGGCUCAAGGCUGGAAGUAUCGAUGUCCUGCAUUGCUACUAUGCUCACGGAGAAGACAAUGAAAACUUUCAAAGACGCUGUUAUUGGUUGCUUGAAGAGGAGCAUUCGAACAUUGUCCUGGUCCACUACCUUGAAGUGAAGGGCAAUAGGAUGAAUAUUCACCGUAUUCGAGAAUCUGAAGAAGUGAUUGCCAAUUCCCAAGAAACUGGACCUGCAGCCAGUUAUGAGAAUGAUACUUCUCUGUCCUAUGAUUUACACGAAGACAAUUACCAACUUCGGCCGGAGGCCACUGAUACAACAGCCUCAACCAGUUGUCAAGCAUCAGAGUAUGAGGAUACUGAAUCAGCCUAUGAUAACCAAGCAAGCUCCAUUUUUCACUCUGUUGCUGCCUAUCAACAAAAUGCUGGAAUGGAAAAAGUUGAUUCUAGAGUUUCUGAUCAUUGUUAUUCUGUCGCACGUUCAAAUGAUUAUCAAGAAAACCUUUCUGUCAUUCCUGGGAUGAAUUUUCUCUCCCUCACUCCAGCUGAGUUUGACAGUGACAGUAAUGAUGGUGGCUUAACAUUUGAGGGUAGGAUACAUCUGGAUUUAUCCACUUGGGAUGAAGUUUUGGGAAAUUAUGCCCCUGGAAGGGAACCAUUACCUGCUCCACCAUUAUUCUCCUCAGCUGAUGUUGAAACCCCGGGGACCACUCUGAGACAAGGAGAUGAUACGCUGGGACUGCUCUUUGCAGAUAGCUUUGAUAAGAAGCAGGAGCCUGGAAGUCACUCGAGUGUCCAAGAAGAAUCCCAGUGGCUUGAAGAUCACAAGCUGCAUUCAAAUUCAGUAUACCAUCCACCUUCUAGAUUUCAGGAGGAAGAAGUAAAUCAUGUCACGAGCAAACAGAAUGCAGAGAAUUCGAAUGCAGGAAAUGGAUAUCUUGUGAUGCCAGAAACAAGUAGUGAUGUCAUUGCAGAAGGAAAGGCAAGUCAAUCUUCUUUAAAACAGCCAUUUUCUGAUAUCCUCCUAGCAGAAGAUGGUCUUAAAAAGAUGGACAGUUUCAACCGAUGGAUGAGUAAAGAACUUGGAGACGUAAGUGAUAUACAUAUGCAAUCCAGCAGUGGGGCCUACUGGGAUACUGUUGAAGGUGAAACUGGGGUUGAUUCAAGCAUUUCUUCCCAGGAGCUUGAAAAUGCCUUCAUGUUAAGCCCUUCUCUUUCCCAUGACCAGUUAUUCAGCAUCAUGGAUUUCUCACCAAUUUGGGGUUAUGCAAAUUCAGAAAUUAAGGUCCUGAUUACUGGAAGAUUCUUGAGAAGUCAUGAAGAAGUAGCAGCGUGCCAGUGGUCAUGUAUGUUUGGGGAAGUGGAAGUCCCAGCUGAGGUUAUAGCAGAUGGUGUUCUUCGUUGCCGUGCUCCUGCUCACAAGGUGGGGAGGGUCCCCUUUUAUGUCACGUGUUCCAACAGGUUGGCAUGCAGUGAGGUUCGAGAGUUUGAAUUCCGAGUCAACCAAAAGGAUACUGAGAAUAUUAACAAUGAAAGCAUGAAUGAGAUUCUAAAGAUGCGAUUUGCAAAGUUACUAUCUUUGAGCUCUGUUCCUCGCCCUAAUUCUGACCUUGGAAGCCUAAAUGAGAAGUCCCAGUUAAGCGCUAAAAUCUGUCCAUUGCUUAAAGAGGACAGUUGCGGGUGGGAUCAAAUGUUACAGCUCCCUGAAGAGGAGUUCUCUUUGGAGAAAAUGAAGGAGCAGUUACUGCAAAAGCUGUUGAAGGAGAACUUGUAUGCAUGGCUGCUAGAGAAGGUUGCAGAAGGCGGAAAGGGUGCUAGUGUAUUGGACGAGGAAGGCCAAGGCGUGCUACAUUUUGCAGCUGCUCUGGGCUACGAUUGGGCCCUACAACCAACAAUUCUGGCUGGUGUGAGUGUCAAUUUUCGGGAUUUGAAGGGUUGGACUGCACUUCAUUGGGCAGCCUAUUGUGGAAGAGAGCGGACAGUGGCUUCCCUUAUGUCACUUGGUGCAGCACCUGGAGCAUUAACUGACCCAACUCCCAAGUACCCAGGAGGCAGGACUCCUGCAGACUUAGCCUCCUCCAAUGGGCACAAAGGUAUUGCAGGUUAUCUCGCAGUAUCUGCUCUGAGGGCCCAGCUCUCAUCCCUUGACUUGGAUAAAAAGGAAGCGGAAGUUUCUGUUAGUUCUAGAGGGAAAGCAGUGCAGACUAUUUCAGAGCGAAGCCCUACUCCUUGUGGCGCUGGGGACUUGCCUUCUGGGCUUUCACUCAAGGACUCUUUAGCUGCUGUCUGUAAUGCUACUCAGGCAGCUGCUCGAAUUCAUCAGGUGUUCAGGGUUCAGUCUUUCCAGAGAAAGCUGCUAAAAGAGUACAGCGAUAAUAAGUUUGGGAUCUCAAACGAGCGAGCCCUUUCAAUGGUUGCAGUUAAGGGCAGCAAGCUGGGACAGAUUGAUGACUCUGCUCAUGUUGCUGCAAUUCGUAUCCAGAACAAAUACCGUGGGUGGAAGCGCAGGAAGGAGUUCUUGACAAUCCGCCGGCAAAUCGUGAAAAUUCAGGCCCAUGUGAGAGGCCACCAGGUGAGGAAGAAUUACAAGAAGAUAACAUGGUCUGUUGGAAUAUUGGAAAAAGUUAUACUGCGGUGGAGACGAAAGGGAAGCGGCCUUCGUGGAUUCAAAUCGGAGGCGCUUGCUGAGUCCUCCUCGAGCAUGGUGGAUGCAACUUCAUCCAAUGGAGAUGACUUUGAUCUUCUGAAAGAAGGUCGAAAGCAGACGGAGGAAAGGGUGCAGAAAUUCCUUGCUAGGGUGAAGUCUAUGGUUCGGUACCCAGAGGCAAGAGAUCAGUACAGUAGGUUACUGAACGUCGUGAACGAGAUCCAAGAAGCCCAGACCAGUCAUGAAAUGGCAUCGGAGAGUUACGAGGAGACAGCAUAUUUCGAUGAUGUGAUCAAUAUCGAGGAUCUGCUGGACGACGAUUCAUUUAUGCCCAUGACAUCGUGAGCAAUAAGGCAGACCGGUCAUAUUUAAAAGUAUGCUGGGUGGGUUUGUUCAUCUUUUUCUUUUAUUUCCCCUCUUUAGAGCUCAUAAGCAAGACAGCUCUGUAGUAAUUGUUGGAUGUAAAUUUGUCUGUCCAUAUUAUUGAUCUAAUCAAAAUCUUUUCAUUUGUAAGAAUAUCAUGCCUGUUAGCAUUGUAACAAAUGGUUCAUGGAAUCAUGUAAUGUAAAUUAUUUAUUCUCUUGCCAGCA